UCAGCUGCACAUUGGUCACCUCGUCCUCCUCAUUCUCCUUCUCACACAUAUCACUGGGCACCUGAACACUCUCUUCCCACUCAACCAUCCUCUGUAACAACUGACAGUUGUGAAACUAUUUCAGAUCAAGUUGAUCUGCAGAUGAUUUUGAAGAAGCUUCAUAGCAGAAUUGAUCUCUCAUGUUGUCCCACAUGCAAUCAAAUUAAUGUAAGUCGAGACAACAUAUUACAAGGAAGCCUACAAGCUUUCAAACGAAGGCGCUUUAAUCCAGAAGCAAGGCUGGAUGUGAUUUUUGUCGACUCUGAUGGAGUUGGAGAAGGAGCUGUAGAUGAAGGGGGACCAACCAGAGAAUUCCUACGCUUGCUGAUGAGGGAAAUCCAGAUGUCAAAAAUAUUUGAAGGGCCAGAAGAUAAUAGACUACUGGCUCUUGAUACUCAUGCACUUGAAAAUGGCUUGUAUAUGAACAUUGCAAAAAUGAUUGCAGUGAGCAUAAUACAUGGUGGAGUUGGUCCUCAUUUUUUUUCCGACCGUCUAUUUAUGCAACUCUGUAGCAAAUCUACACCUCCUGUCUCCUUUCAGGAAAUCGCAGACAGCUGCUUCAGAGAUAAACUCUUAAAGAUUAAAGAAGCAGACUCUGUUGAGAAAGCUAAUUCUGCAAUCUCAAAUGCUUGUGACUGCCUCAACAUGUUGGGAGCACUGAGGUUCAUUUCAUCCCUUGAAGAAAGGGAUUGUCUAGUCCAAUCUGCUGCAGAGUACUUCGUAAAUGGGCGGACAAAUUUGGCACUCAGACAAUUUGAAGAGGGUUUCAAAACCUUUGGUCUGCUUGAUGAGCUGAAGAAAAAUCCUGGGAUCUUCGAGGACCUCUUCAUCAAUGGCGUGACACCACUCGAGGCAAAAGAUCUUUCAACGCUUUUCGAAGUGGACUUCUCUCCAGUGGGCAGCAACAAAAGGCGGCUGGAAAACAAAACCAUCUGUUUUCGGAGAGAUUGGCUAAUUGAUGUUGAAGAAGGUGACUGCAAUCCAUUGACACUGGAAAUGGUGCUGGAGUUUGCUUCUGGAGCCUCAUCUGUGCCUCCACUAGGAUUCCCACAUCAGCCAAAAAUUGAAUUUCUUCAUACAUUUGGUCAAGAAACCAGAAUAUUUCCAGAGGCCAACACAUGCCUUAUUGUUCUCAGACUUCCAAUUCACAGUACUUACGAACAUUUUAGAACCUACAUGACCGAAGGUAUUUUGCAGUCGCCAACUUUCGGCACCAUGUAAUACCUAAUGUACCGUGUUCAUGUAAGGGUGAGGAAAUACUUCAUGUUUCUUGUUAGUUUCAGUUUUGCAAGUUAAUGAAAUAAUUCUCUUAUUCACCCUUAUGACAUCUAAAACACAAGUUUUACUGUAACUUUGUUUACUGUUGUUGUAGUUUUUUACCUUUAAUGUUUGAUUUAAAUUUAGUUAUAGAUGCACAUUUUGCCUCAUUUACUCAGUUUAUCAACAUCAGUUAUAAUGCCUCUAAACUGAAAGAACACACAGCAAGUAAAACAGUUAUCCAUCUAAAUGUUUCAAUGCAUCAACGAAACAAUAAAACCUGACUCAGUAUUUGAUUGCAUUUGUCUGAAAUCUUUGUUCACAUUAGAGCAGCAUUUCUCAAAGUGUGGGGCGCGCCCCACUGGUGGGGAGUAGAGAAUAGAAAUUUGGUCAUUUUUAACCUUUUGAGGGUACAUCCCCACAUAUAGGAUUUUUUUUUUUCCCCCUCUUCCCCAUAACACUUUCCGCCAAAAUAAACAUACAUAAAUUACAACAGUAAUAAUAAUAAAAAAAUAAAUAAAUUUAAUAUAUUUAAAUAUAAUUCCUUUAACAAAGGAACAAUAUUAUUCUAAGAAAAGAUCAUUAUAAAUAAUAAAUAAAAGUACAUAAUACUCAUGAUGCAAUGACAGCGGAACUACUUUGGACAUUAGGAUUUUUGGCAUAAAUGUGUGAAUUACAUACAAAUGAUUAAAAACAUGGCACAGAAUAGUGACUAACAUAUGUGCUGCGUCCCAAUUCGCCUACUUAUACUACGCCCUAAAAGUAUGUACUCUGAACAAAAAAGUGCUUACUUUUGAGUGUGUAGCAAAAGAGUUUUUUUUUUUUUUUUUUUUUGAGUGUGUAGCAAAAGAGUAGACAAGCUUUGGGACAUACUAUCACGUCAUUCAAUCGCGUCUUUGUCGUAUCCUGUCACCGUAAACUGGCCUGUCAAUCAUCUUACAUCCUCCACAUUUCAUUUAGUUAAUUUCCUACCGUAUCAAAGUGAAAUGCAGCACGUUGAUCUGCAGUCGCGGGUCUUUCAUGUGGAGUACUCCUUAUAUCAAUGCAUAAUGAUGCAUUUAAAAGUUAAUGGCCAACGUCCACAUUGGUAUUUGCAGAUGAAAAUGGCCAACCUUUAUAAACGUCCACAUUGGUAUUUGCAGAUGAAAAAUAACACAUAUAACAUUAAAUAAAAAUAUUUUCUAUCAAACCUCUCAGCGUCG